AUGUCGUUUGGCAGCUCCAGGAGAAUCAUGUACUCUUCAUCUCUGGUGGCGGUAUUGAUCAUUUUUGUGUUACAGAUUUGGGUCUGCAGUGAUUGCAACUGUAAGGCAGGAGCAAUAAGGAUCCUUCGAGAGAAUGGCAUGGCAAAGUUUAAAGAGAUCAGCAAUAUUACUACAGGUAAUUAUAAGAGCCAAGCAGAGCACUUCAGGAAGUACUUCAAUGAAAGAGCUAGUACUUAUGGUUUCAACAAAACUGAGAAAGGAUUUGAAGAGAACAAAAGAAGAGUGCCCAGUUGCCCAGAUCCUCUCCAUAACUAG